UAACUUACUCCAGAAUUUUGGUAGAUCUAAAUGGGGUAUUAGUGUGAAUGAACCUAAAGCAUUAUCAAUUAUCUUUGGACUUACAACUUAAUAUCACUUCACUCUCCUAAGCUUUAAUCUAAUAAAUAUUUAAAAGUAAACAAGAAACAUAAAUUACAGUACAAUGUGCAAGAUCAUUGAAUUCUAUUCCAAGACUUCUUAUCAUGAUUCUUUAUAGCAUAACAGAAAUCAGAUUUAUGUGUGCGUGUAGAAUAUCAUCCAAUGUAAAAAAAUAAAUUAAAAAGUAAACAUAAUAAGGUUGCUUAUCUCAGUAAUCAGGCACAAAGUGAUUUGAUUUGUUCUUUGAAAUAUGAUAUGAUAUCAUUUCAUGGCAAAAGUGCACGUAUCCAUUGCUGAUAUAGAGAACUAAAGCCCAAUUCAGUUCUAUGUGAUACAUCAGCAAUUCGACAAUUCAAAAUAUCCUUUCCUGCUUUGAAAGCUUCAGAAUAAAGACAAUCAAAAUGAAUUAAACACAUCCGAUGAGGUAUUGGGCAGCGAAGAAGAAUACACCAUACCACAUGGCUAAUACGUCUUCAAAAUGAGCAGUUGGAUUGUAGUAUGUUCAAGGUUUGUUCUACUUUUGAUUCUUAGUCAUCUCAGAACUGCAUCAUCCACUGAAUCUCUUCAAAGACAUACAAUAACCCUUGAUGAAAGGGCAGAAGCAAACUUACUUUUCAAUGCACCUGCUGAAACACAUGGUUGCACAUACAGACUUAUGAAAAAUGGAGUGAUUUUCAAUGAUAAUGGAACAGUAAGCUUCUCUCACACAUACCCUUAUGAGAUACUGCAGAGAACCACUGUACAUAUCCAAUUUGCAUUUGGAUAUCUAACAGUAUCAUUGAACAUCAAAAACAUCCAUAGAAGAGAUAAAGGACACUACCAAUGCCAAUUUGCUUGUCCAAAUAGUCUUACUGAAUUAAUACAGACAAUACAUCUUCAAGUAUACCACCCUCCGACACCUGUUGUCUGUAACUGGGUAGAUCAGGACCAAGUGGCCAUUCAAGCAGCGAAUCUCUUCAACCUCCCAGCUCUGGAAUGCAUAGCAACCCAUGGGCACCCACCUGCAAAUGUGAUAUGCUACUCAAAUGCUGAUCAUCAAAUUAGCGUUCACACCCCUCUAAUGGUAUACGGUCAACCCAUCUUCACUGCUACUUUUUGGCUGAAAAGGGAACAAGAUCUUAGAUGCUGCUCAGUGAGUAGUAAGUUUAAGAAGAGCUUACAAGACUGUAGUGAUUACCAUUACCAGAAACAGACAUCUCCUCCAGAGAGAGUGAAAACCACCACAGAACCUUCAAAGACAGUAAGCGAAGGUGUACGGGUGAGUGCAUUCAGUGAGAAAACGAUAAUAGAUCCUUCAGAACCAUUAGAAACUCCUGCUGACUUUGAAGUUACCAAUGAUUGUUCAUCUGACUUCUUUUCAUCAAAGAGAUUAAGUAGUGUUGCAAAAACAAUUACUGUUGUAGCUCUAGCAAUAUUGAUAACAUUUGCUAAUACUCACUGAAUACUUUUUUGUUGUUGAAUUAGCAAAAUAACCUUUUUGUUACUUAAGAAGCAGCUACAAUUGAGAUAAAAUAUUUUAAAUGACUAUAAACCAAUACUGGUCAUCAUUAGCAAAGAAUUGAAAUGUACCCAUUUAGAAAAGAAAACCACCUCCUCCUGUUUAUCCUCCUUACUAAAAUUUCUUCAAUCCUUUCAAAUCAACUGAGUUUUACAGAGGGUGGGCAGGCAGAAAUCUUAUUCCAUUACAAUCAAAAAGAAGAAUUAGAUAUAGAAUUAAGAAUUGGGAACAGACAUCCUUUUUACCAGCAUGGUCAAAAGGAGGAAAUAGGUUUAAGCCCGAAACAGAACAAACGCUUUUCUGUGGACAUUGAGAAACAUUCAGCAUUAGGUGUGUCAUAUCGUAUGUAUCUUGUUCGGGUAAAAAUUGAAAAUGUUUCUCGAGAAGAUGCAGGCACUUACACCUGUUCUCUUUACAGAGAUGGUGUAAUUGACGAUGAAUACACAAAACAGGUUGGUCUCAAUAUUGAGUUUCCUCCUGGAAAGGUUGAUUGUGUUCUAGGUCCUAGUCAUGUUGAUACAACCAACAGAAUUUGGUCUCAUUUGAAGUGUGCUGCACCUAUAGGCAGCAGUCCUGGUCUUAUCGAAUGCUACCAAGAUGGUGAUAGAGUCCCACCAUGGACAAGACCUAUCCAGAACAGAACAACCUUAACACAGACACUCUGGAUUAGAACAGCCAUUCCAAUAUUCUGUUGUUCAACCACCUUUGAUAAAGAAAGCGAUAUCUGCAGUUGCAAAGACUAUGUGAUGGAUUUCUCACCAAGCAAUGCUGGUGCCCAUGAUGGCCAACCCUGUCUAAAAAGUACACCUUCAUCAAGUGGGGACCCUACAAACAAAGCCCAUGCUAAACAAACACAACUACCACAUGAAUCAUCUCCUAAAAUGCCUGAUGAUGCAGAAGAUUCAACAGACACUACUUCCAAAGAAUCUGGAUUAGCAGUGUCCCUUACACUGGCAUUUACAGUACUUAAUACAAUAGGGAUUGCCAUUAUGAUCACCAUGAACACAAUCAGAAAUCACAACAAAAUCAAAGCUAUUAAGGAUAUUCUAAGUAAUCAUGAUCAAUCAAAGAACAAAGCUAUUAAAGUGGAUAAAACACCAAACCAAAAUGAAAACAAAGAACCAUUACUACAUCUAAGGAAACGAAAUGGUUCAGCAAAAGACCUAACAGAAAAUACAUCAUUGUGAAUUCAUCAGUUUAAAAAGGGC